UCCUACAAGUAUUUAAAUGCAGGGGCAGGAGGUCUUGCUGGUGCCUUUGUCCAUGAGAAACAUGCCCAUACAAUUAAACCUGCGUUGGUGGGAUGGUUUGGCCAUGAACUGAGCACCAGAUUUAAAAUGGAUAACAAACUGCAGUUAAGCCCUGGGGUCAGUGGAUUCCGAAUUUCAAAUCCUCCCAUGUUACUGGUCUGUUCUUUACAAGCCAGCUUGGAGAUCUUUAAGGAAGCAACUCUGAAAGCACUGAGGAGAAAGUCCAUUUUGCUAACUGGUUACCUGGAAUACAUGAUCAAGUAUUACUACAGUAAAGAUGAGACAGAAACCGGGAAACCAGUUGUGGACAUAAUUACUCCAUCCUGCAUAGAGGACCGGGGCUGCCAGCUAACAUUAGCGUUUUCUGUUCCAAACAAGGAUAUUUUCCAAGAAUUACAGAAGAGAGGAGUAGUUUGCGACAAGAGGGAUCCAAAUGGCAUUCGAGUGGCUCCGGUUCCUCUUUAUAAUUCCUUCCAUGAUGUUUAUAAGUUUAUCAAUGUGCUUAUUUCUGUGAUUGGCUCUGUAGAAAAAAAACGUUACUAGUUUUUUUUUUUAACUUAAUUAUACUGAAAAUGAUAUAGUUAUGCUAUUAUUCAAUUUUAAUUAUUAAAAGCAUUUCAAAAUUGAUUGUAUGUAAUGGGCAAUAAAUCAUAUAUUUUUCAGAAAAAUCUGAUAUGAUUUUCAGCCUAUGACCCUGAGGAAUAUACAUAGAUACCCAGGUUCUUGGUGUUUUGGGGCUCAAAAAUUAUAUUGGUCCAAGUAUUAUGUACAUAAUCCAUCACAUUUUAUGAUCAUCAAAGUGAUUUAUGUUGAUUUAAUUGUAAUUUGGCUGACAAAUUCAUAUUGCAUGUUAUGUCAGUUUUAGAAAUAAACCUUAGUUAUAAUUUACUAAGGAGCUUUCUGAGCACUGCAGAUGAACAGACUGAUGUACUUAUUUUUUAUUUUGUCAGUGUGGGUAUCUGCUCAACAGAGAGACUGAGAGAGUAGGAGAGGAAGAAAGCACCCCCACAUAGGGCAUAGUCACCCCACAGUCACCCCUCCACUUCUUCAUCCUGUCAAGAUUCUGAACAACCACACACAAUAUUUCAAGCUGCCAGGAUCAGAAUUCAAGCCAUAUGGUCAACCAUGUAGACUCCAGCUCCCUUAGCCAGGAGGCCCUGGAGCCGGCCUGUAUGUGUGAUUUUACCAUCUUCCAUACAGCACCAGUCUUAAGUGGGAAAAAGGACAUUUUCUGGGAAAGUGGCUUUCAAAUAUCUUUGGCCUAGUCCAUGAGACCAGUACUUAUGUGUACACAUGCCAUAUUUAAUUGAUUCUUAGACAUUUUUGUCAUAUUUUAGCAUCUCUGAAAGAGGACAUGGCUUUUAAUUUUUGAUCAAUAGCUUCAUACAAUCAGCAUUGGCCAUUCUUUCACAUUAUCAUCUCUAGAACUGCAUGCUUCUCACAAUGAACAAGGAGCAUGUUAGAUUUGAUUUUGAAAUGGUGUACAUAACAAAAAUAAAUUGUCAUAAAUUAUUUUUGUGUCCUGAUUUUUAACUGUAUUUACAUCAGUAUAAUAAAUGCUGGUUGCAACUCA